GCACCCUGAACCUCUUCAGGCAGCUUUCUGCCGAAGGAUGAGAAGGGGGGGGCGGUAUGAUUUCACUGGCAAGAGAUGUCCAGGAAUGUACCCUUCCCAGCUGGAAGAUUGAGCCAAAAUAUUCGACCAAUGUGCUGAUUGGAAACUGGGUGGAGGAGAGGAGGAGGUUUGGCUGCAAUAAGGAGGGGACCGGUCAAAGCACCUACAAACAAGGUUUUGUUCAUUUUCCAACGGGGACCCCGGACCGAACCGUGAUGCGGAGGCUCAUGAAGCAGCUGGACGGCCUGCCGAGGAAGUACAUCUUGACCCAUCCUGAGCAGGCAAAACACCACCACCUGGUCUCGCAGUAUGACGAUCAAUACAACAGGCGUGGCUACAACCCCCGGCUGCCGCCCCUCCGCAAAUGGCAUGGGCACAAAAUGGCAUGGUCUCCAGAGAAAUCAGACUGCCCCCCUGUUGAGCCUCCAACCAACUAUGGGCUUUUGGAGCACUUGAUGAAAAAAUGGUGUCAUAAAGAGCCAGCGGUGAUGAGCAGCACCUACGACGUUUCCUACCAGAAGCCUCCGACCUCGGCAUACAUCCCUCGCCAGCGCCCCGACACCAAGCGCAUCCUGGAGAGCCGCAAGCAGUGGCUGCCCAGAAGCCUCGAUGUGCCUGCAUGAAAAGGCAGAAUGCCCCACUCCCCCUGCGGAGGUGAUGAUUUUUUACCCAACCAACAAGUUAAUUGCAUUUUUCUAAGAGAAAGGCUCAGUGGCAGCACCACCGACCACUUCUUGCAGGGAUAAAGAGGUGGUGGGAAUUUUAUGAGGAGGGAACUGGAGCCACACAAAUCCAAAUCUUAUUGCACUCACGCAUUAAACUGCACCAGCGUAGCUUUCCCACAAGUCCACAGUGGAAGAUACAGGGAGGAGUUUAAAGAACUGGCCAGUGUUUAUGCUCCAACUCUGGAUUUAAUUCUAGAAGCCUUCCUAGCUCCAUCACAACUCCAGAGACAGAGA